UUAUUGUAGGAGUAGCUUUGGUUGCAAAUGGUUGGAUCGGCUUUUCUGCUUCCGUCACUAACCGUGGUUAUGAUGCCUCUUUGUAGCCAAAUGUGUAAAGUAAAUUGUUACCUAUAAAAGUGGAAUAGGUAAAUAGUUAACUAGUCUCCAGAAAAGUUAAGAUUUAUUGUUGUAUUAUAAUGAGAAAGUUCUACAUUUAAUUUGCAGUUUUUUAAUACAGAGAAUACUAUUGCCAAAAUGUCUUUACCUCCCUAUUUGUUGGGACCAAACCCCUGGGCCACAAUGAUGGUUCAACAACAAGCUCACGCUCAUUUAGCUGCAGCACAAGCGCAUGCCCAGGCUGCGGCUCAAGCACAAGUUGCUCAUCACGCUCAUAUACAUGUCAUGUCUGGAUCUCCUUUAUCGCAGUUACCUAAGCAGUCAGAGGUACUUUCUGAAGACAAAUUGCAAGAAAAGGCUCAAAAAUGGCAGCAGUUGCAGUCAAAACGUUUUGCAGAGAAGCGAAAAUUUGGUUUCGUUGAUGCACAAAAAGAAGAUAUGCCACCUGAACAUAUUCGUAAGAUAAUUCGUGAUCAUGGAGAUAUGAGCAGUCGAAAAUAUCGACAUGACAAGCGUGUUUAUUUAGGAGCUUUGAAGUAUAUGCCUCAUGCUGUAAUGAAAUUACUAGAAAAUAUGCCUAUGCCUUGGGAGCAAAUCAGAGACGUUAAAGUAUUAUAUCAUAUCACGGGAGCAAUUACAUUUGUGAACGAAAUUCCUUGGAUUAUCGAACCAGUCUAUAUAGCUCAAUGGGGGACGAUGUGGGUGAUGAUGAGACGAGAAAAAAGAGAUCGCAGACACUUUAAAAGAAUGAGGUUUCCACCUUUUGAUGACGAAGAACCUCCUUUAGAUUACGCAGACAAUGUUUUAGAUGUGGAACCCCUAGAAGCUAUUCAAAUAGAACUUGAUUCAGAGGAAGAUCAAUCUGUCGCGAAGUGGUUUUAUGAUCAUAAGCCUCUAGUUGGAACAAAGUACAUUAACGGAUCGACUUACAGAAAAUGGAACCUGACCUUACCCCAGAUGGCAACACUUUACCGACUAGCUAAUCCACUCUUAACAGACUUAGUAGAUCAAAAUUUCUUUUAUCUCUUUGACAUAAAAUCUUUCUUUACGGCAAAGGCAUUAAACAUGGCCAUACCAGGUGGACCUAAAUUUGAACCUCUUGUCAAAGAUAGCAAUUCUGCUGAUGAAGACUGGAAUGAAUUCAACGAUAUAAAUAAAAUCAUUAUUCGACAACCUAUAAGAACGGAAUACAGAAUUGCUUUCCCUUAUUUGUACAAUAAUCUACCACAUUAUGUGCACCUUUCUUGGUAUCAUGCGCCAAAUGUUGUGUAUAUAAAAACAGAAGAUCCAGACUUACCUGCUUUCUACUUUGAUCCUUUAAUUAAUCCCAUAUCUCACAGGACAGCUUUGAAGACCGUAGAGCCUCAAAUGGAAGAAGAUGAAGAUUUUAUUCUUUGUGAAGACAUAGAACCCUUUUUACAAGAGACUCCUCUUUUUACGGAUAACACUGCGAAUGGCAUUGCCUUACUUUGGGCUCCAAGACCAUUUAACACACGGUCAGGAAGAACACGUAGAGCAAUUGAUGUACCUUUAGUCAAGACUUGGUAUCGCGAGCACUGUCCGCCUGGUCAGCCUGUAAAAGUUCGUGUCAGUUAUCAGAAACUGUUGAAAUACUUGGUAUUAAAUGCUCUAAAGCACAGGCACCCUAAACCACAAAAGAAACGUUAUCUGUUUCGAUCUUUUAAAGCAACAAAGUUUUUCCAAACAACAACUGUCGAUUGGGUUGAGGCUGGUCUGCAAGUUUGUCGUCAAGGAUACAAUAUGUUAAAUCUACUGAUUCAUCGAAAAAAUCUCAAUUAUCUUCACUUGGAUUAUAAUUUUAAUUUGAAGCCAGUAAAAACACUAACAACUAAAGAGAGGAAAAAGUCUCGUUUUGGAAAUGCGUUUCACUUGUGCCGAGAAAUUUUACGUUUAACAAAAUUAAUUAUUGAUUCUCACGUACAGUAUCGUUUAAACAAUGUUGAUGCUUUCCAACUUGCUGAUGGAUUACAAUAUAUUUUUGCUCAUGUUGGACAACUUACUGGAAUGUACAGGUACAAGUACAAACUCAUGAGGCAAAUUCGAAUGUGUAAAGACUUGAAGCAUUUAAUCUACUAUCGCUUUAACACUGGUCCUGUCGGUAAAGGGCCUGGCUGUGGAUUUUGGGCACCUGGAUGGAGAGUUUGGUUGUUUUUUAUGAGGGGUAUUACACCUUUGUUGGAACGCUGGCUUGGCAAUCUUUUAUCCAGACAAUUUGAAGGACGACACUCAAAAGGAGUGGCCAAAACUGUUACUAAACAGAGAGUUGAAUCCCACUUUGAUUUAGAGCUUAGGGCGUCGGUUAUGCACGAUAUUGUAGAUAUGAUGCCAGAAGGUAUCAAACAGAAUAAGGCGAGAACAAUCCUUCAGCACCUUAGUGAAGCGUGGAGAUGUUGGAAGGCAAAUAUUCCUUGGAAAGUUCCUGGGCUACCGAUUCCAAUCGAGAGUAUGAUUUUACGUUACGUAAAGAUGAAGGCAGAUUGGUGGACAAAUACUGCUCAUUACAAUCGAGAACGUAUUCGCCGGGGAGCAACUGUUGAUAAGACGGUGUGCAAGAAAAAUCUUGGGCGUUUAACGCGAUUAUAUCUGAAAGCCGAACAAGAGAGACAACAUAACUAUUUAAAGGACGGGCCGUACAUUUCGCCGGAGGAAGCAGUUGCAAUUUAUACAACGACUGUACAUUGGUUAGAAUCGAGAAGGUUUGCCCCAAUUCCUUUCCCUCCUUUGUCCUACAAACACGACACAAAACUUAUGACAUUAGGUCUAGAGAGACUGAAAGAAGCUUACAGUGUAAAGUCUCGUCUCAACCAAAGUCAACGCGAAGAACUAGGAUUAAUUGAACAGGCGUACGACAACCCACAUGAAGCAUUGUCCAGAAUUAAGCGUCAUCUUCUGACUCAGCGCUCUUUCAAAGAAGUAGGGAUCGAAUUUAUGGAUUUAUAUAGUCACCUUAUUCCAGUGUAUGAUGUUGAGCCGCUUGAAAAAAUAACAGAUGCAUAUUUAGAUCAGUACUUGUGGUAUGAAGCUGACAAGCGCAGACUGUUUCCACCGUGGGUAAAACCCUCUGACGCUGAACCGCCUCCUCUUCUUGUUUACAAGUGGUGUCAGGGCAUUAAUAACUUGCAAGAUGUCUGGGAUGUUAACGAAGGCGAAUGCAAUGUGUUAUUGGAGUCCAAGUUUGAGAAGCUUUAUGAAAAGAUUGAUCUUACUCUACUGAACAGACUCCUCAGAUUAAUUGUUGAUCACAAUAUUGCCGAUUACAUGACUGCAAAGAAUAACGUUGUCAUUAACUACAAAGAUAUGAAUCAUACCAACAGCUACGGAGUGAUUAGAGGUUUACAGUUUGCUUCAUUUAUUUCUCAAUAUUAUGGUCUCAUUCUCGACCUGCUUGUCUUAGGUUUACAAAGAGCAAGUGAGAUGGCUGGCCCGCCACAAAUGCCAAAUGAGUUUCUUACAUUUCAAGAUAUCGCCUCAGAAACUGCUCAUCCUAUCCGACUUUACUGUAGGUAUGUCGACAGAAUCCACCUUUUCUUGCGAUUUUCUGCAGAUGAGGCGCGAGAUUUAAUUCAGCGUUACCUCACGGAACACCCGGAUCCGAAUAAUGAAAACAUAGUUGGUUACAACAACAAAAAGUGCUGGCCACGCGAUGCUCGAAUGCGACUAAUGAAACACGACGUGAACCUUGGACGGGCCGUUUUCUGGGAUAUUAAAAACAGAUUGCCCAGAUCCACAACGACAAUACAGUGGGAAAACAGUUUUGUGAGUGUUUACAGCAAAGAUAACCCAAAUUUACUGUUCAACAUGAGUGGGUUUGAAUGCAGAAUUUUACCAAAGACGAGGACAUCGCAUGAAGAAAGCUUGAAUAAAGACGGCGUGUGGAACUUGCAGCAUGAAAUCACUAAGGAGAGAACUGCUCAGUGCUACUUACGAGUCGACGAUGAGAGUCUUCAAAGAUUCCACAAUCGAGUCAGACAGAUCUUAAUGGCAUCGGGUUCCACAACAUUUACAAAGAUUGUCAACAAAUGGAAUACUGCCCUAAUUGGCUUGAUGACUUACUUCCGCGAAGCUGUUGUUAACACACAGGAACUAUUAGAUCUUCUAGUGAAAUGUGAAAACAAAAUCCAAACUCGAAUAAAAAUCGGCCUGAAUUCCAAGAUGCCUUCCAGAUUUCCGCCUGUCGUCUUUUACACACCGAAAGAACUUGGUGGCUUGGGCAUGCUGUCAAUGGGACAUGUGCUUAUUCCCCAAUCAGAUUUGAGAUGGUCAAAGCAAACUGACGUGGGAAUCACACACUUUCGAUCGGGUAUGAGUCACGACGAAGACCAACUGAUUCCCAACUUGUACAGAUACAUUCAGCCCUGGGAAUCAGAGUUUAUUGAUUCUCAACGAGUGUGGGCGGAGUACGCCUUGAAACGCCAGGAAGCCAAUGCGCAGAAUCGUCGACUGACUCUGGAGGACUUAGAGGACAGUUGGGACAGAGGAAUCCCCAGGAUCAAUACUUUAUUCCAGAAGGAUCGCCACGCCCUUGCUUAUGACAAGGGUUGGAGGAUACGAACAGAAUUCAAGCAGUACCAGGUUCUAAAGCAGAAUCCGUUCUGGUGGACUCAUCAAAGACAUGACGGUAAACUAUGGAACUUGAAUAAUUAUAGAACUGACAUGAUUCAAGCUCUUGGAGGAGUAGAGGGAAUUCUCGAGCACACGCUCUUCAAAGGCACCUACUUCCCGACUUGGGAGGGUCUCUUUUGGGAGAAAGCAUCUGGAUUUGAAGAAUCGAUGAAGUAUAAAAAAUUGACUAACGCGCAGAGGUCCGGUUUAAAUCAAAUACCGAAUCGACGAUUUACGUUGUGGUGGUCACCAACAAUCAAUAGAGCCAAUGUGUACGUUGGUUUUCAGGUGCAAUUAGACUUGACGGGAAUUUUCAUGCACGGCAAAAUUCCAACACUUAAGAUUUCGUUGAUUCAGAUCUUCAGAGCUCACUUGUGGCAAAAAGUCCACGAGUCAAUUGUUAUGGACUUGUGUCAAGUAUUUGAUCAAGAAUUAGAUGCUCUUGAAAUUGAGACUGUGCAAAAGGAGACAAUUCAUCCGAGAAAAUCUUACAAGAUGAAUUCUUCCUGUGCAGACAUUUUACUCUUUUCUGCAUACAAAUGGACAGUUUCGAGGCCCUCUUUACUUGCCGACUCCAAGGACGUGAUGGAUAACACAACAACGCAGAAGUACUGGAUAGACGUCCAACUGAGGUGGGGUGACUACGAUUCUCACGACAUUGAGCGCUACGCGAGAGCUAAAUUCCUUGACUACACGACUGACAAUAUGUCAAUAUAUCCGUCCCCAACUGGAUUGCUCAUCGCUAUUGAUCUGGCCUAUAAUCUCCACAGUGCCUACGGAAAUUGGUUCCCAGGUUGCAAAUCACUUAUUCAACAAGCCAUGGCUAAAAUAAUGAAAGCGAAUCCGGCUUUAUAUGUUUUACGAGAACGUAUCAGGAAAGCCUUGCAGCUUUAUUCGUCCGAGCCAACAGAGCCAUAUCUUUCGUCGCAAAACUAUGGAGAACUCUUCUCCAAUCAGAUUAUUUGGUUUGUUGACGAUACGAAUGUUUACCGCGUCACCAUUCAUAAAACAUUUGAAGGAAACUUAACGACUAAACCCAUCAAUGGUGCGAUUUUCAUUUUCAACCCCCGAACUGGACAACUUUUCUUGAAAAUUAUUCACACUUCUGUUUGGGCAGGACAAAAGCGACUUGGUCAGUUGGCUAAAUGGAAAACUGCUGAAGAAGUUGCAGCUUUAAUUCGAUCCUUGCCAGUCGAAGAACAACCAAAACAGAUUAUUGUCACAAGAAAAGGAAUGUUGGACCCGCUGGAGGUUCAUUUACUUGACUUUCCCAAUAUUGUCAUUAAAGGUUCAGAACUUCAACUACCAUUCCAGGCGUGUCUGAAAGUUGAAAAAUUCGGAGACCUUAUUCUGAAAGCAACGGAGCCACAAAUGGUUCUUUUCAAUCUUUAUGAUGAUUGGCUGAAAACAAUUUCAUCCUACACAGCCUUUUCGCGGUUAGUUCUUAUUUUGAGAGCACUUCACGUUAACACCGAACGCACAAAGGUCAUUCUCAAGCCCGACAAGACGACUGUCACUGAACCGCAUCACAUUUGGCCCACGCUCACUGACGAUGAGUGGCUCAAAGUCGAAGUACAACUCAAGGAUUUGAUCCUUGCUGACUAUGGCAAGAAAAAUAAUGUUAACGUUGCGUCUCUCACGCAGUCAGAAAUUCGAGAUAUUAUUCUGGGUAUGGAAAUAAGUGCUCCGUCUGCUCAAAGACAACAAAUUGCAGAAAUUGAAAAGCAAACAAAGGAACAAUCUCAGCUGACAGCCACAACCACUAGAACUGUUAAUAAACAUGGAGAUGAAAUCAUUACAGCGACAACUUCCAACUAUGAAACUCAAACUUUUGCUUCUAAAACAGAAUGGCGAGUGCGAGCAAUUUCCGCAACGAAUCUACACCUUCGGACCAAUCACAUUUACGUUUCGUCUGACGAUAUAAAGGAGACGGGCUUUACAUACAUUUUACCAAAGAACGUUCUCAAAAAGUUUGUCACCAUCUCAGAUUUAAGAGCACAAAUUGCAGGAUACCUUUAUGGAUGCAGUCCUUCUGAUAAUCCUCAAGUCAAAGAAAUCCGGUGUAUAGUCAUGCCUCCGCAGUGGGGAACGCAUCAAACUGUUCAUCUUCCAAGUUUCCUUCCAGCUCAUCAAUAUCUACAGGAAAUGGAACCUCUUGGAUGGAUUCACACUCAACCAAAUGAAUUACCACAACUUUCACCUCAAGAUGUAACAACGCAUGCAAAAAUAAUCGUCGAUCAAAACCAGAACAUGAGUGAAGUUACUUGGGAUGGAGAAAAAACUAUUAUUAUUACUUGUAGUUUUACUCCAGGUUCAUGUUCUCUCACGGCUUACAAACUGACACCCAGCGGAAUCGAUUGGGGAAAACAGAAUACCGACAAAGGAAAUAAUCCGAAAGGCUAUCUUCCUAGCCAUUAUGAAAAAGUUCAGAUGUUGCUUUCCGACCGUUUCCUCGGCUACUUUAUGGUUCCAAACCAAGGGUCUUGGAAUUAUAAUUUUAUGGGAGUACGACACGACCCGAACAUGAAAUACGAAUUGCAGUUAGCAAAUCCCAAGGAAUUUUAUCACGAGGUACAUCGCCCUGCUCAUUUCUUAAAUUUUGCUAGUCUUGAGGAAGGCGAUGGCGUUGGAGCUGAUCGUGAAGACAUGUAUGCAUAAAUAAUCUGAGAAUAAACUUUUACACCUGUUCACACGAUUCAUUUUUCAAUACACUGACUGUAUGAAAAUUACUAAAGCAUUGUAUUAUAACCAUAUAUUUUGUUACAUUAAAAAUUUAUUAUUUAAACAAACCAAGAAACAUAAUAAUUCAAGAUUUAUAUUAUUACCGAUUUUCAAUAAACUUCAUAGCUAAGA